CGCUGUCAGACGAGAAAGAGAACUGAGCAGGGGGGCGGAGCUACCAGACGUCACUCGCGCGUAUUAUCGCGAUAAAGACACCCUGAAGUGUUUUCCAGUCAGCGUGUGUGUUGAACACAGUAAACAUCCACAGUGCAGGGAGCAAAAACCCCGGCUGCUGAAUGAGCAGGACUGAGUACCAGAAAGAAGAUCUUCUCCGGCAACUGGAUUCCUAUUGCUCAUGUAAAGGGGUCCCCGGAGAGCAUGCUUACAUCUCAGCCUCCCUCCUGGUAACAUAGGUGGUGGAUCUGAUCCUCUACAAAUACAAGCACCGUGACGGUAAACUCCGUACAAUGCACCACUAGUUCACCCAGCGCCAUGUCCCUUCCUAGGCUGCUCCGCAGGGGCGGCGCCUUCACCGCAGGGCUCCAGAACUGCCGGCCCCGUUCUUCUGCAGGUUCUGCCAGGCGACUCAGGGUGCUGGUAGACAUGGAUGGCGUGCUGGCCGACUUUGAGGGCGGCUUCUUGAAGAAGUACAGAGCUCAGUACCCCAAGGAGCCUUACAUUGACCUGGAGGACCGCAGAGGAUUCUGGGUAUCGGAGCAAUAUGAGAAACUGAUGCCAGGACUGAGCGAGAAAGCUAUAAGUAUCUGGGAAGCGAAGAAUUUCUUCUUGGAUUUGGACCCCAUUGAUGGUGCUGUAGAAGCAUUAAAGGAAAUGUCAAGCUUACCCAACACUGAUGUCUUUAUCUGCACCAGCCCUAUAAAGCGCUACCAGUUUUGUCCAUAUGAGAAGUACGCUUGGGUGGAGAAACACUUUGGACAUGAAUUUUUGGAGCAGAUUAUUCUGACCAGGGACAAGACGGUGGUUUCCGCUGAUCUCCUGAUAGAUGACCGGCCUGACAUUACAGGGGCAGAAUCGGACCCCAGCUGGGAACACAUCCUAUUCACGGCGUGCCACAACCGCCAUUUAUUAGUGACCCCGCCCAGCCGGAGGCUUGAGUCCUGGAGAGAUGAUUGGAAGGGGUUACUAGAUAGUAAGAGACAGCCCAGCUAAUCGCCCUGCAACCUGUCAAUCACAUCCAAGCAAACGGAGAAGCUUUAGCGCACAAAUGGAAAACGCACAGUGAUGCAAUAAGUAAUCGUUACACGUAUGUGAAGUAUUAAAGUGCACGUUAGUUAUGUGUAAUGCAGUCCGCCAUUUUGCACACCUUUAUAGUGCACCUUAAGUCACGAGCUGCUGCUGACUUUUAUUUUUUGUUGCAAAAAUUCAGGUAGGACAUAUUAAAAAAAAAAAUGGCCGCUGCCGGGUUUCCAAUGCACUUUAAUGGAGGGAAAGUGGGGGACAUAAACAGCGUUCCAUCUAAGGGGGGCAUUACACCUUUAAAUCUUCUAAAAUGUGAUCUGUUCGUUUUCCGCCUCGUUCUAGUGAUCGGUCAGGGUCUGAAAACUCAGACCCCAUCCGAUCAAAACUUUUGACAUAUCUCGAGAACUGUGUUCUCCAAACACAGCUGUUGCAAAACACACUUAAAAGAUUUUUUUAAAGUGACCUUGUCCAUUUGAAAGUGUCGUCUGGUGAAAGAAACAACCUCUGUAUGGCGUCAAAAAGUAUAAUAAAGCAACUUACUAACAUCAAGUUAUCAGCCAUAGUGCAGAGAUCUUCCAUAUCAUUCGUACUGUUUACCUUGUAAGCUGUGAUGUCAUGACACAGGCUGUGAAGCAAGUUUGAUCUAUCCCUGCUCCCCUCUUCCCUCCCGUCAGCCCAGGAUGAGACCAGUAAUGUGAAGGGGGAAGAUAGUAUUACUGC